UGACCCGUUCCACCCCCGGAUUUCUGGUCCCUUGAAGCCGUCUGAUAAACAUGCUUUGCUCUCCGGUGGGGUGGAUGCCCUAAGCUGUGAAUGGAAACAAGAUAGGCCUGUGGUGCAUAGCUAUCCAUCUAUCUAUCCAUCUAUCGGGCACACAUCUCCCCAACCAGUCUUGCACCUUUACACCCUCUCCUCGACUUCCUUCAUCGCAACUCACAAUGGCUUCUCCUAUCCAACUCAUAGCGCCCAAUGGCACCAAGUACACACAACCCACCGGCCUCUUCAUCAACAACGAAUUUGUCCCCAGCGAGUCCGGCAACACGCUAGAGACACUAAACCCUUAUGAUGAAGCUCCCAUCGCCAAAGUCGCCUCGGGGAACGAGAAGGACGUCGACAACGCCGUCGCUGCUGCCCGCGCCGCUUUCAAAUCAAAGUUAUGGCGGGGUCUCACUCCCUCGGAACGAGGCGCUUUGCUCUGGAAGCUUGGCGAUUUGUGCGAGAGGGAUAGCCACAUCUUAGCCACCAUUGAUGCUUGGGAUAAUGGGAAGCCAUACCAGCAAGCUUUGGAUGAAGACAUCGCCGAGACCAUUUCUGUCUUCAGAUAUUAUGCUGGUUGGGCCGAUAAGAUUUACGGUCAGACCAUUGACGUCGGAUCUGCCAAAUUGGCAUACACACGUCACGAACCGCUUGGUGUCUGCGGUCAAAUCAUCCCUUGGAACUUCCCCAUCAUGAUGGCCGCCUGGAAACUCGGUCCCGCCCUCGCAUGCGGGAACACAAUCGUCCUCAAACCCGCAGAGCAAACCCCCCUUUCAGCACUCUACCUCGCAUCUCUCAUCAAAGAAGCUGGGUUCCCGCCGGGUGUUGUCAAUAUCGUCAACGGCCUCGGAAACCCAGUCGGUGUAGCGCUCUCAGGGCACAGCGGAGUCGACAAGGUCGCUUUCACAGGCAGCACAGUGACUGGCAAGAACAUCAUGAAAGCCGCCGCAUCCAACAUGAAGAAUGUCACCCUCGAGACCGGAGGUAAAAGUCCGCUCCUCAUCUUCGACGAUGCGGAUCUUGACCAGGCGGUGAAGUGGUCCCACAUGGGAAUUAUGGGUGGAAUGGGCCAAGUCUGCACAGCGACAUCACGCAUCUACGUCCAAGAUACAAUCUACGACAAGUAUCUGUCCCUCCUCAAAGACUACACCCUAAACAACACAACCAUCGGUUCCCAAUUCGACGAGUCCGUAAACCACGGCGCGCAAAUCUCAAAAGCCCAGCAGGACAAGAUUCUCGGCUACGUGCAAUCCGGCAAAGACGAAGGCGCGAGACUGGUCACGGGCGGCAACGCAAAAGAAGGAAAGGGGUAUUUUGUUGAGCCCACUAUUUUCGCGGAUACCACGCAGGAUAUGAAGAUUGUUCGAGAAGAAGUCUUUGGGCCAUUUGCGGUCAUUCAGUCGUUCAAGUCCGAGGAGGAUGCGAUUGAGAAGGCAAACGAUAGUGAUUAUGGGCUUGGUGCGGCUGUUUUCACAAAGGAUAUUGUCAAGGGACAUAGCGUGGCGCAUUCUAUCGAGGCUGGAAUGGUUUGGAUCAACAGCUCACAAGAUUCCCAUCCAGGAAUUCCGUUUGGUGGCUGCAAAGAGAGUGGCAUUGGGAUGGAAUUGGGGGCUUAUGCUCUCCAGGCCUACACUCAAGUCAAAGCAGUCCAUGGUCAGUUUCUUGCACUGUUAUACAAAACAAGAAUCAUAUCGCUAACCUUUCCCAGUCAACCUUGGUACAUGGCUAUAGUUCCCUGCUGUCCCAAGUCUUAGUUU